ACACACACACACACACAGAGAGAGAGAGAUACUGUUAGAGCCACACAGAAACAGAAAGUACAACAGUCGGGGUAAUACAAUAUUUAAAUCCAGCGGGGGAAAGUGUUUCAAAGGUGAAGUGUGUGUCCAUUGGUGAGAAGCUGUGAUGAAGACGUUGAUCCGCUGAAGCUUUCACAUCGUACCCUAACCCAUCACACCCUUCAGAGAGAACAUUCAAGUUCACUUAACAAGAACCGGACGCCUCUCGUGUGUGAAGUAACGAUGUCAGAAGACUCUCUCUGGGAUUUUCUAAAUAAGCGUGUUUUGAUCAGGUAUUUUAGCGUUUACGGGAGGAUGCUGAGAUGCUGAGAGUUGUCUAACAGCGUCAGUGCCAUCCCCGAACUGCAGUGCCAUGCCAAGCGGAGCUCGAUAAAAGAUUGCGGAUUAAUGAGAUGAAAAGAUGAGUGGCGACGCGUUCACCUGCAAUCCUGAGAACCAAACAACAACAAUACGAGAUUACCAGCAUCAGAUCUACGCAGUCUUCUACACGGUGAUUCUGGUUCCUGGACUGAUUGGCAAUGUUCUCGCUCUCUGGGUGUUUUAUGCCUACAUCAAGGAGACGAAGAAGGCGGUGAUAUUCAUGAUCAACCUGGCCGUCGCUGAUCUGCUGCAAGUCUUGUCUCUGCCUCUGCGCGUUUACUACUACUUGAAUAAUUCGUGGCCUUUUGGCAAGUUCGCCUGCAUGGUGUGUUUCUACGUGAAGUACGUCAACAUGUACGCCAGCAUCUUCUUCCUGGCCUCCAUCAGUCUGAGACGCUGCCGACUCAUCAUCCAGCCCCUGCGGUACAGCGGCACCAAGAGGCAGUGGGACCGCCGCUGGUGUUUGUUCGGCUGGCUCCUGGUGGGCCUCGGGUGUCUGCCGUUCCCUCUUCUACGGAAAGACUACGAUGAUGUUCAUUGCUGCUUCUCUGAGCUGCCCAUGAUGAAUCUGACCAAAGCUCAGGGAGUGUCCCUCGUGACCGUGGCCGAACUCACGGGGUUCCUUCUCCCGCUGACCGUGGUGAUGACCUGCACGUGCCUGACCGCCGCGAGUCUGCGCGAGAAGACCUGCGUGCUGCAGGACACCGGGGAAAAGCACAAGGCGUUCAAGAUGGUGUUGAGCUGCGCUGGAGUGUUCCUGGUCUGCUUCGUGCCCUAUCACAUCACUUUCCCUCUGGACUUUCUGGCCAAAUCCAGCGUGAGCGUCAGUUCUGCCUUUAAGGUCGCAGUCCUCCACAUUCAUCCGGUCACCUUGUGCUUAGCGAGUCUGAACUGCUGUCUGGACCCAGUGAUGUACUACUUCACCACCGACGAGUUCAAGCGCCGCCUGUCCCGGCCCGAGAUACAGGAGAGCCUGCAGCUGCACCUCAGAGCGUCCUGCUCCUCCAACCGGGAGGUCUGACGUCUCCCCCAGAGACACGUCGCUCUCACGCACAAAACAACGUCUUUCUGGAGAUACGAGGACUGAUGAACAAUCUUGUUGAAAAAUGUGAAAACUUCGCACUGCAGAAUCUUUAUGAAACUGUGAUUUUUAUAGACACGAGCCAUGAAACUUCACAAAUAAAUCUGGUUCUGCUCUUGUAAGAUUUGAUAUAUUAUAAUAUAUAUUAUUUGAAUAUAUUUUAAAAUGUGUUUCCUAUGAUGACAAGCUGAUUUGGUGUAAAUCAUAUUUUUGUUGAAACUGAUAAAAACGUACAAGAAUUCUUUGAUAAAUGGAACGAAAUGGAAGAAAAUAAUUUAUUUGAAAUGCAUUGUGUGUGUGUGUGUGUGUGUGUAACAAUUUAUGACAUUUGAUCCCUUUAAUGCAUUCUUGCAGAAUACAAGUAUAACUUUUAAACGUUGUUACUGAGAAUCUGACUAGUAAAUAAACAAUCAAAUUGAUGAUAAAAAAAAAAACUGAUUUUAUGACUUUUUUUUGUGUGGGUAAGCAAUAAUGAUACAUGCAAUAGGUUCUACACUACCGAUCAAGUCAAUCCCUUAAUAUUUAAUUUUAUCCUAUGAAAUAUAAUCAUUUGAAUUAAAAUUAAUAAUAUAGACAAAUACUAUAUUGCUGUAAUUGUCUAGAUUGGCAAUAUGUUUAAUCUGCCCUAUAUUAAACCAUUCCUUUUUUUCCUUCCUUUUUUUUGUUAAAAUAAAAUUAGUCAAUCCAAUUCAAGGGACAAAACAAAACCUGCAAGACUAUAAAGGUCGCCUUCACUGCUGGGUCAUUAUAGUUAUAGUUAUAACUUGUGGUGUUUCUCUGCCUCAGAUCAGCGCCGUCCGUCACAACACUGUAAAAAACUGUUUUCAUGAUUUAUCACAACUUUGUUUUGUCAAAUGUCCACAAACUGAACACCAGAUAAUCACCAUAUUUCGAGGUGCUGAGUAGAGAAAGGGCUUAAUUGUGACGGCCCCGGUACAGGAACAUGUGAGAAGUGCGUACCGGCCCACUGUGGGCACUGGAUGCAUCGCAAACAACAUUGUUGAGUUUCUCUGUGCCGAGUUUAAACACUUCAUCUAUACACUAAUUAUAUCUUAUUCAUCACCACACUAUCUCACAUCGCUAGC